ACAAAAAAAAAUCUUUCGAAUUUCAUUUCAAUUUCAAGUUCCGACGCGACUUAAAAAUUGCGUAUAAAUUGUUAUUUAUUGCUAAAAUUACAAUUAAAUAUUCUUAAUUUCACAAUCAGGGCAACUAAACUCGAUCUUGAAGUCAUAACUUAUAUUAAGUACCUAAGAAUGGCAUCAUCUUUGGAACAAUUCGUAAAUAAUGUGAGGACUUCUUCAGCUUCUGGAAAUUUUCGGGAGCUGUGUGACACAAUUGGAAAGUCUGAAGAAGUGUUACAGAGGAAUAGUGCUCAUCUCACCACUGUGCUGGAAACUUUAGAUAUACAACAGCAUUCGCUUGGGGUGCUAGCAGUGUUGGUAGCUAAAUUCUCAUUGCCACAGGGCAACAAUGAUGUGGAUAAAUCAACAAUGUUUCAGCAAGUACAUGAUUUCAUCAAUAACUGUAAUGGAGAACAAGUGAGAUUUUGCCCUGAGCUCUAUGCAGAUUUGUGCCAUUUGCUUACUGACCAUCUUGUUGAACUGAAACAACCCAUCCGAGGAAUAGAAAUCUUGAAGAAGGCAAUUAGAAAAAUUCAAUUGUUUGAUUCACAGCUGACAUCCAUCCAUGCAGAUUUAUGCCAAUUGUGUCUCUUGUCAAAGUGCAUGAAACCUGCUCUUGAGUUUUUAGACACUGAUGUUACAGGAAUUAGUUUUGAGCUUGGUGGUUCAAAUGACUCUAAACAUUUCCUUCUAUACUAUUAUUAUGGUGGAAUGAUUUACACAGCAAUGAAGAACUAUGAUAGAGCCCUUUAUUUCUUUGAAGUGGUUGUGACAGUGCCAGCUAUGGUGGUAUCCCAUAUAAUGUUGGAAGCUUACAAGAAGUACAUUUUGGUUUCAUUGAUUUUACAUGGGAAGAUACAACCCAUGCCAAAAUAUACAUCCCAAGUUGUCUGCCGUUUCCUGAAGCCCUUGUCAGUCGCCUACCACGAGCUGGGCACAUCGCAACAUGCUGCCAUAAAGCACAGGGAAACAUUUGUGAGAGACAAAAAUAUGGGUUUGGUCAGUCAGGUGCUAAGUUCAAUGUACAAGAAGAAUAUUCAGAGGCUCACAAAAACUUUUUUGACACUUUCGCUUAGUGAUGUCGCUUCUAGAGUACAGCUGUCUGGGCCUUCUCAAGCAGAAACUUAUGUGCUCAAUAUGAUUGAAGAAGGUGAAAUUUACGCGAUGAUAAAUCAAAAAGAUGGCAUGGUGGUGUUCCUAGACAGUCCAGAGAAGUAUGCAUCACCAGAAACUUUGUGCAUAUUAGAGCAGCAAAUGGCUGGCUGUACCAAAUUGCAUCAGUACAUUCAAGAAAUGGACGAACAAAUACAGGUCAACCCUCAAUAUGUCAAGAAAUCUGCAGGAAGUCAUGAUGAAGAUAUGCCUGCUACAAGUCAAAACUCAAAAUCUACUUAUACAAUGUAACCAUUUAUUUAACUGUAACCACAUAAUGAUAAGUAUAUAGUCAAAUAAAAAUAUCAAACAAACAA